UGCUUCAUGCGAAUCACAGUCCCAGACGCUCAUUGGUCCGCAGAGUCGGAGAGUUCCAACAUCCUCAGCUCGGACACGGACCGACCAGCAGAGCUGCACGAUUCAUGAGCGGCCGCUGUCAGAUUUGCCCGAUAGUGUGUGUGUGUGUGUGUGUGUGUGUGUGUGCUUCCCUCCCUCUCUCCUCUGUCUGUCUCUCUCUCCUCCCUCUCUCUCCUCUCUCUCCUCUCUACAUCCCCACAGCUCUCGGAGCAUCACUAGAGUCCAAACAUCCCGUCAGCCGAGCACAUCCUCCCUCUCACUUUCUCUGGGAUUCAUUCGGUGCUGCUGCAUCUCUUCACCACUGAAUUCACACACUGAUCAUCACACACACCAGGCUGCAGAUCUUUCAUUGUUUUGUUUUUUUUCUUUUUUGAAACUCCAAAUCAUUUGAGUGCAGGCUCAUUAUCUAACCUCAGUCGGGUCAAUGUAUAUAGACGCGUUCAAACGGAUCCUCUUCCAAAGGCUGAGCUGCUUGAAAAGAAUGUGUGUGUGUCAGCGCCAAGGCAGCUCGUUUGCCAUGUCUAAGACGGCGGUGAAGAAGCUGCACUGGCGUUCCCAGGUGCAGGACAGCUUCGUGCCCCUGCUGGGCUCGUCGGGGGAUCUCGGGGUCGCCGUCGGCGGAGGAGCGGAUUACGGAGAGUUUCCUUUUGUCACGUCGGCUCCGGGGGGCGGACUGACAGUCGGUGAUGUCAUCCUAGAAAUUGGGGGAACGCCUGUGUUAGGGAUGACGUUAGGAGACGUCCGAGGCGUUCUCAACUCCUGCCCACAUCCUGUCCGCAUCAAAACUGUGUCCCCAGGUUCCACGUUGUGCAAGGACCUCAGGUUGUAUCUGAGUAAGUGCUUCACCCCCGGCUCAGUGGACAGUCAGCUGCAGCAGGUCAUCAGAGAGAACCUCUACCUCCGCGCUGUCCCCUGUACGACCAGGAGGCCCAGGGACGGCGAGAUCUCAGCUGUCGACUACAACUUUGUCUCCAUUGAGGAGUUCUUCUCCCUGGAGGAGUCAGGGGCGCUGCUGGAGAGCGGCAAGUUCAAAGGGAACUACUACGGGACGCCUCGGCCCGUCCACGUGGGCCCCGACAGCCCCCCCAUCACGUACCAGGAACACCGCAACCUGCUCAGAAACUUCCGCACACGCAGCAGGUCGCUCAGCAACCUGGAGAAGGCCGCGGAGGAAGGUGACAACAGCGAGGAGGACUCGGGCCUGUCCGGAGGCUCUGCAGGCGUCGUUCCCAGCCACCGCUCCCCUGGUCGGCCCCGGGCGUCGAGCAGCGGCGGCGAUGGUUGUUUCAUAGGGAACGGGAUCGUGAGCAGCAGGAGUGGAGCCCGGCUGAGAGCCGUGAUGCCUGAUCACUGGGAGCAGGCCUUCAGUGACCCGGGAGAGUCGCAUUACAUAGAUCGCAAUCCAAAGACGAGCAGCUGGCAGCGUCCUCGCGCCCUGAGCAGGGAGAGCGUCUACAAGAACGAGUGGUUCACGGAGCAGCCGGCGGAGCUACGGGGUUUCCCCGUGCACACGCACCUGACCAAGGGCUCCAGGGGGUUUGGGUUCAACAUCGUGGGCGGCAGCAGGCGAAGGGAGUUCCUCCAGGUCUACAGCGUGACGUCAAGUGGACCGUCAGCUCUCAAGACGGCCGACAUCCUGGUCUACAUCAACGACGUCUGUGUGCUGGGCGUGUCCCACAAGGAGGUGGUGGAGAUGCUCAAGUCGGUGCCCGUGGGCCACAGCGUGGACGUGGAGGUGAGGAGAGGGUACCCCAUGCUCUACAACCCCGACGGAUGUCCCAAGCAAGGGGACCCCGUCCUGCCGCCCACCACCACCCAGCCUCAGCCCCGCCUCCCGACGCCCACUCCCCACAGCCGCCACUUCCACUUCAACGGGCUCCACGGUGACGACAUGUACACGGAACCGGGCGUGAUUCUGGACGCCAACGGGAACGCCACGUCUUUGGGCGUGAGGCCGCCGCCCCCUUACCGACGCUCCAGCCUGAGCAUCGCCGCCUCCUCGUCCCCGCUGCGUCCGCCUCGCUCCCUCAGGAGCUUGGCCCGACUGCAGUCGCUCGACCAGACGCUGGCGAGUCAGAGCGACAGUGAGGUCGUGUCAGCGAUCGGUUCUCACAGGGCAUCAAUGAUCCGUAACCACAACAACAACUCUCUGUCGACGCCGCCUCAUCCGUUACAUUAUGGAACGUCCAAGUCGUCGGAGAGCGACGUGUCCAGCUGCGCCCUGUCGGGGUCCCGGCUGCCGCUGCCGCAGUCGCCCAGGAGGCCGGCGUCCUCCCCCGCCGGCCCCCGCAGCCUCUUCCCGCAGCAGACCUCCCACCUCAGACCCCCCCCCACCUCUGACCACCCAUACCACCGCAGCUACGACAGUUUCCAUGGCAACACCAGCCCCACGGCGAGCCCCGGCGGCUUGUCGUCUCCGGGGGCGAUGAGCGUGGGUGGCGGAGGAGAGCUGGUGCCGGUGGCCUUGUCCCAGACGCAAAGAGACCGAGGCCUCGGCUUCAGCGUGGCGGCCGGCGGUCGGGGCGGCGGCACGACGAUCGUCAAACGAGUCUGGGACAGGAAGCAGUGCAACGCUCUGCAGCCGGGGGACGCCAUCGUCAAAAUCAACGGGGCCGACGUCCAGAGUCUGAGCUUAUCACAGGUACAAACCGUUCUGCAGGAACACACCAGACAGGGCGAAGUCAUCCUGCUGGUUUACAGAGGAGGUAUCUGUCAUUCAGCCGUGUCCCCCGGCCCAGUGCGGAGACUCCCGCCGCCCCUCCUCCGGCCCCCUCCUCCGCCCGUCGGCUCAGACGACUCCACCCUGCUGCCUCUGCCCCGCGUGUCCAGGAGCACGCCCCCGUCGCCGGUCCCCACGCGCUCCUCGCUCAUCCAGAGCACCAGCUUCCUGGAGUCGAUUCCCGUUACCCUGACGAUGGAGCCCAAAGACUGGAUAAACACGGGCCUGGAGGACGAGGCGGGCGGCGACGUCGCUGUGCCUGGUUCCGGUCCGGAGAGGCAGGGCGGAGAACAGACCAGACCACUGCGAGGGUUCGAGGUGGAGCUGAGGAGGAAGCCAGGAGAAGGCUUCGGCUUCGUCAUCGCCUCUCAGGACGUGGAGAACGGAAAAGCUGCUUCGCUCCUCCCUCACCGGUUCGUGACGGUGCGUCGAGGAAGCCCGGCGGCCAAGAGCGGGCAGAUCCGAGCGGGCGAUCGCCUGGAGGCGGUGGAGGGGCGCUCGGUGGUGACGCUGCCUCAUCGGGAGCUCGCUCAGAUCCUUCGCCGGGUGGGAAACACGCUGAGACUCACCAUCGUCCCGCGGCCCAGCACCUACUCGUCAAGCCUUUCAGAAACAAAUGAGUUUGACUCCGGUCACAAAAGUAGAAAGGGUCAGAGGUCACGUCCAAAGCGUGACUCCAGAUAUUACAGCGUGGACCUGGACCGCGGCCCCUCGGGCUUCGGCUUCAGCCUGCGAGGAGGCAGCGAGUACAACAUGGGCCUGUACGUCCUGGGCCUGAUGGAGGCGGGGCCUGCUGCGCGCAGCCAGAGGAUACAGGUGAGCGAUCAGCUGGUGGAGAUCAACGGCGACAGUACGGCGGGGAUGACCCACAGCCAGGCGGUGGAGCAGAUCCGCCGCGGAGGCCACCGCAUCCACCUGGUGCUGAAGAGAGGCAACGGCUACGUGCCCGACUACGUGGAGCUCUCCAGUCUGUCUCUCUGUAUGACCAACUCCAAGCUCGGCGAGCCUUGCUUCUAUGUCAUUGGACGGACAGAGAAUACGCGGCCAUGAGCGCAGAGUCGCCUCCCCCUCCCUCCUGCAUCACCCCAAGAAGCAGAGUGUGGCUGCAGUAGACUCCGCUGGCCAGAGGGGGCGCAGCUCCAAGCAGAAGAGGAGAAGCAGGUCUUCAAAUGGACGAGAGAAAGAAA